UCCCUAGACGAGCACAAAAUGGCUGCCUAAUCUAAACUGUGUGUAACUCAGUGAGAGUGCCCGUAAAGCUAUACUUUGCAGCUCCUGAGACCAUAACAGAGACAUUUCCAGCUGAGAAACACCUUCAGCUGUCAAGAAGCAUGGCAGCCAGCAAGGCUCCUCAGCUUCACCGCAGUGUGAUGUCUGAGCCUAGGGGCAAUGCUGUGCCUAGGUACAACUUUACCCAGCCCAUGGAUGACUUCCUUUUCAACUUGAUAGGUGGUGAGAAGGAGGAGAGCAAGCCAAAUAAUUACUACAAUUGGAAACCAAGUUCCACAUUUGCUGAGCAACCUUCAACUGUUGUUCGUAGUAAAAAGUCCAAGAACAAGGAGAGGGAACAAAACAUCUCUGUGAAGGCUGAUACGCAAGGUGCUGCUAUGAUGAGUAAUGGUCCCUCCCGCCGUCGCACACCAGCAACCUACCCAAGAACACAACAUGUUAGUUCCCUUUUAGACAGAGAGGAGCUUGAGAAUCUCCGUCAACAGCUGACGUACAGUGAUGUUGACGACCAAAGCACAGACAGCCAAGCUUUGGGUUCAGUCAGCAUUGCUAAUAGAGUGAACAACAUGAGACUAGGUGAUGAUGUAGCAUCCAUCGAAAGUGGCACCAGAAGACCUCCCUCUUUACUGGAUACAAUCUUCGUCAAUGAGAAGCCUGAUCGAAACAAGAUUGUAGCCAGACUCAUGCAAAUAAGGGAUUAUGUGAAACAGGCCAAUGCCAUGAUGUCUACCCUACAGAACUCUAUUGAGAGUCCAGAGAAGGACGACCAGGUGGGCAAAUUAGGCCGGCUCCAGGAACACCUCCAGGAGCAAGAAAGAGGUUACUUGGCUCUGCUGGAGCGUAUGCUGGCUGAGGAGCUCAGCUUAGCUGGCUCCAUCUCUGGGAUGGAGUCAUCGGUCACAAGUAAUGAUCUCAAUGGCUUGGAUGCAGCUGUUGAAGGCAGGAGUAGUCAGAACUCUGGAGAAUCCUUUGCAACAUCUGUAGCAGAAUCAGCAUCAAUCAACCUAGAUGCACGUUCAGAUAUUUCAGAGGCUACUACCGAGGGUACUUUCACAGCUCGCACCCGUCCCAAAAUUGAAAGCCACCUUGGCAAUCACUCAUGCGCAAGCGACAACGAUAUCAGCGAUUCCGAGCUGGAUGACAUUCGGUCAGUCAGUAGCUACGCCAGUGGUUCCUUUGGCUUGGACACCCAAGAGCUUCAUGAACAGUACAGCUCCAUGCUGCAGAAGUACCAAGAUGGAGGUGAAGAAAACCUGAGCGCUGCCAUGGAAAGGAUUACCCUAUCUAGGAAUGAAGGACAGGACGAGAGCACAUCUUCUCAUAUGUCUUCCAAUUCUUCAUACAGCUUUCAGGAGGGCCAACAGACAAAGCAAAAUGUCUCUGAGCAGAUCGAGACCCUUGAAGGAUUAAGGAAGCAACAUGAUUUAUUACGGAAGAUGCUUAAACAGCAGGAAGAGCUGAGAACACUUCAGAACAGACAAACAGCAUUGAUGACCUUACAAACUCAGAUUGAGAGCAGAUUGACAAACUCAGAGCAGGAAAGAGCAGAAGAAACAGGUUCUAUCACUAGUACUCAGGCAACUACAACGACUGCCGGCACCUCUGUCACUGAGGACACCGAGCCGCUAAUGACAACAGCUGGUCGGUUUGCAACAGGUGUUCCUCUGACGGCCGAAGACCUUCAGGAGAGGCGUAGAACUCUGAUGCGUAUGCUAGCUGAACAGAGUGAUACAAGAUCAGGAGAGAUCCAGCAGGCUAGGGCUCUCGACUGGAUGGAACAGGCCGAGGAGGAGGUUAGUCCACCAUUGGUAUCAUCAGAGCAUGCAGAAUUGAGAGAUAAACUAGAAGCUUUACAGCAGAAGAAGAGACAGAUGGAUGAUCUUCUUAUACAGCUCCAUGCUCUUCAUCCUGAUAUGGCUAAUAUGGUCGGUGAUACAUCAAGCGUAGCAUCUACCACUUCAAAUGCCAAUGAAUACAGUGGUUUGAUGGUGCCGUGUGAAGAACCUAAUGAGUCAUUGGAUGAAAAUGAAGCCACUCUUACCAAUGGAACAGAAAGCAUCAGAAAAUUGCACGAUGUAAGGGAGAGGCUUACAGAGCUCCGUGAUCUAGUACAGCAAUACCAGGAUACAAGUCAGGUAUUAGGUGACCAGGAUGAAGAUUCGCAACGCAAACAGCAAAUGCAGCAGUUGGGACUAGGGGCCAAUUAUGAGGAUCCUGUUCUUAUGAGCAAUCUAAGGAGAUUAGAGAGAGGUGAACCGGUAGGAAGACCUGUCCAGAUGAGGCCAAAUCAUAUGUCAUAUGGCGGAGAUAGUGCCCAUGUACAGGUUGGUUCAGGUCAGACCACCACUACAGUGACAGAGACCGAGACUGAGACGGAGACAGAGACGGAGAGUAACCACAGCUCCAUACUAGCUGCAUGGGGUGAUGAUCCAGAAAUCAAAGAGAAAGUCAGAAAACUGCAAGAGGCAAAGCAUAAGUUACGCCAACUCCAGUCACUCGUGGCCAUGGUACAACAGACUCCUGAAGUGGCUUCAGCCUUGCCCGAUGACCUGGCUGAGCUGGCUGCUGGCCUUACUGCUGGCCUUACUGCAGACUACUCAGAAUCAAACAAUGAAGACGACGAUGAAGAUGAGGACGAGGACGAGGAGGAUGAAACAGAGGAGGGGGAUGAAACGGUGGAGGAGAGUGGGAGUGAACUUGCUGUGGCAGGUGCUACAGGCGACCACAGGAUGCCAAAUAGAGAUGAACAGAUUCCUGAAGAGUUUGUCAGGGAAACAAGGGAAGCCUAUUAUGAGGCUAAGAUGAAUCAGCAGAGACGGGAGCUUCAGAAUCUCAUGUCUGAGAGACAUCGACUCCUGGGUGUCCAACAGCAGCUCAAGGAACUCAAUGAGAAUCUCCCUCCUGUCAGAAAGCAACCUGCCAAACCUGGGGUAAAAACGGUGAACAUCAUCCCACCAACUAAGAGAGAUGCCUCAACUAAUGUCCAAUCUGUGGCCACGCCAAGUCGUGAGGAAGUCUACUCUGAGAUGAGGAGAAAUCGAGCUCUUCAAGAUGAACUGAGAGAGAAGAAGAGUGAGCUCUCUGACCUACUACACAUUGUCAAAAUGAACAGAGAGAGGUUACGUGAUGGAUCUGAGUAUCCUCUUCAGACAGACUUAGCCGGGUAUGACAAUGAUUUAUUCAGGGAAUUAUUGCUUGAUGCCGGCAGAUUGAGUAUGCGUAGCGCUGACAUCACAGCAGCUGCCACAUGGGGUGGAUCAACGCAGGUGAGCGAGGAUGAAGGAUUAGAAGAUGGAUAUCCUAGCGAUGGCAUCUUACAGGUGGAGGAAGAGGAGGAGGAGCAGAGUAUUGAUACCUCAGAUACGUACACCAUUGAGUCAGGUGAUAAGCCACCCAGCAGGAGAAGAAAAGCACUACCUUACCCAGGAGUGAAGAGAGUGACCAUGGAAGAUGAUGGUGAGACAUCGUCUAUGGAUGCAGCUAGGCAUGGUAUUAGAUAUCCUAAGCACAUCAACUCAGCUUUAGAUAGGCAGAGUCAUCUCAGGCAGGAGAACAUCCGUUCAGCCGAGGAGCUUGUGUCUGAUGGCUAUGAAGAUCCCUCUAUGGAUGACCCUACUGUCCAGGCUCUACAAGGUCACAUUGGGCAGCUACAGAGACAGCUAUCUAACAGCAUGGGGAUGUGUCAGUCACUUAUCUCAGAUCAACAAUCAAUGAGCAACCUACUGUCAGGAUCUCUCAAUGCUGGUCAUGGUGGUUUACAGCCCACCCCCACACCUCCCAACCCCUUUGUUCCUCCUGGAGAAGGUCACCUAGAUGACCUUGUCCAGAACUACGAUCUUCGCAUGCAGCACCAGCAACUGAUGCUAAACUUGAACAGUGCCUACACCCAGCUCUAUCAGCAGCAGAAUCAGAUCCAGGGACUGCGUAGCCAGCUGGAGGAGAGACACUCAGAAGCUUCCUUUGAUGUAGGAAGAGGAGGCCAAGGCGGCAUGGCAUCUACCAAUACCAAUAGCAAUAACAAUGCCCCACCUAUGUACAGGAAUCAAGCCAGACCCAUGGGCAUGGGAUACCCAGGUCAGGCCCCAUCCUUUGGGAGAUCCCCUGGUAUGGGACCUGAAGCAAUGUACGGUCCUCCUCCAUAUAAUCGUGGCAUGCCAUUCAACGUGAAUCCUACAUUCCCACCUGGCUUUGCUCAACCAAGUCCAGGCAACUACCCCUCACCCUAUGCAAACCCCUACGCCUCCAACAACCUGAAUGAAGGUGGCUCUGCUGGUCAAAGGGACACCUACAAUCCCUAUGCCCGCCAGCCCCCUCAUCCUCGGCAGAGGUACGGUGGUGAUAGAGCCUCCUACCAUGUCCCACCCAACACAGCUCAAGUCAGCAACGAUGAUGAUGAGUUUGAAACUGCCUACCUGAACGGUGCUAUAAGCAGCAAGCAGAUGAAGAUGAUGGGAGGAUACACUCUAGACAGUGGGAUUGGAGACAUCAAUGAUCUUUUGGCAAGGGAACCCACAGAGUCAAGGGAAGAGAUUGCUGUACCUCCACUAGAUAUAACCAGCCUUCUUAAAAGAACAGAUCAGCAGAGGAGACUUCGAGAUGAGUUGGGUAGUCAGAGAUCAAAUACAUCAUCCAACAGAAGAGGCAAGCACCCAAUGCCAAGCAGUGCAUCCCAAGCCAGAGCACAGCUAUCAAGCCAGUCCACUCAGCCCAGCGCCCGUCUGGCCAAGCUUCUAGGACCCAAGAUGGGUACUGGUCUGAGUUCCUCCAUUAGUGGGACUGCCUUCCUGGACACAGCAAGCAUUACCAGCACAGUGUCCAUGUCUAGUCUACCGGGUGACAGUGAUAGGGGUAACAAUGGAGCAAAGUCAAAGGGCAAAGGUCAACAGAAGCGGCAGCAACAGAUACAGCAAGACACUGAUAGAUCAAUCAUGUCACAGACAAGUGAACUUGAGUCUGAUGCAGGGAGUGAGUUCUCUCUCUUUGAAGCUCUACGUGAGUCCAUCUACUCAGAAGUGGCAUCACUCAUCUCACAGAAUGAGACGAGACCUCACUUCCUCAUUGAGCUGUUCCGUGAGCUUCAGAUGCUCAAUACAGACUACCUCAGACAGAGGGCGCUUUACGCCCUGCAAGACCUCGUCUCCAAGUACCUCACUGAUGAUAACAACACCAAUGCUUCAGCAUCCGAGGCCCCCACGCUACCGUCAGAGAGGCCAAUGCCAGCAUGGAUGAACUUCGCAGGAUCAGAGCAAACUCCAAGUGAGAGCUUUAUUACAUCAGAUGAAGAAGAAAUCAAGGCGCGUCUGUUUGGUGCUAAUCUGCAGAAGCCUCAUGAGUCGUCCUAUGCCUUGCUGGAAGAUGAUCAGUAUGAUUACAUUGAGAAUGUAGACUCUGCUAGUACACUCUCCACACCUCCAUCAUUAGGACGAGCAGAGUUUGGCUUUGCCAAUGAAGACCUGGGGGACACUGUCAUUCAUCUUGAUAAGGCACUCAAGCGGAUGAGAGAAUACGAGAGGAUGAAGGCAGAGGUUGAGGCAGCUUCAGGAAUCAGCUCAAUAGAUAAUACCAAGGAAGGAGGUGCUAUGUCUGCCUCGGAUAUGACUAGUAAUAGCUCAGCUCAAGACAUGGGUAGUGAAAGCUCCUUCUCUGACCUGCCGUACCCUCGCAUUGACACUCGUCAGCUGGACCUACAGAUCAAAGGCAUCAUGCAGGAGGUGAUUCCCUACCUCAAGGAACACAUGGAUGAUGUGUGCUCUCCACAGCUACUGGCUUACAUCAGACGUCUGGUGCUAGGUCUGGCAAGGCAGAAGGAUGAAAGCAGGGAGUUUGUCCGCUUCUUCAACAGACAGCUGGGCUCCAUCCUGGAAGACUCUCUGGCUAAGUUCUCUGGUAGAAAGAUGCGUGAGUGUGGAGAGGACUUGCUGGUAGAUAUCUCUGAGAUCCUCUUCAAUGAGCUAGCUUUCUUCAGGCUCAUGCAGGACCUUGAUACAGCUGGUAACAAGCUCAAACAAGAAGCAGCCAAACGGGACGACGACGAUGAUGACGAUGAUGAUGAGGAGGAGGAUGAUGAGGAGGAGGAUGAGGAGGAGGAGCAAACAGAAACAGGCACUGAGACUGGUACAGCUCAAGAUCAAGCUACUGGAGAAGGAGAAAGCAGUUCUGAUGAUGAGUCUUCAUCCGAUGAAGAAGAUACUGUCCAGCAGCAGAGUCAUCCAGCUGGCAGGCAGCAGCAGCAGCAGGGUGGUGACGGGUCUGGUGGUGGAGGAGCUAUGAUGGAAGAUGAACUAGAGAGUGCUAUGGCAGUAGCUUCUAGAUUUGAAGAGGAAGAACUAGGAAAUACGAGAGAUGAUAUGUUUUCUACACAAGUGGACAUCAGUGAUAGAGAAGAAGACAGUGAGCCACAGGGUGUGGAUCAUUUACAGAUUGAGCUGUCCAUGAGUGAAUCAAAAGGAGUCACAUACAUUGGUAGUGGUGAAGAGGAAGAUGACCCUGACAGUCUGGGAGAAGCUGUAGAAGAGACGAUCACAAGCAUUGGAGCUGCUAAUGCUGAUGGAGAAAUUGAUAGUGUGGAUGAUACAACGAUGAGCUCAGAGAUCCGAGUGGAAUCGGAUGCAAGUCAGAAGGAGAACAUCUCUAGACAGGAGAGUCUGGAGAAGGAUCCAGCUCCAGCUCCUGCUCCAGUCCCAGCCCCAGAGUCCAAUGAGACUAAUGAGACUCCAGAGUCCCAGGAGGUUCCAGAGUUCCAGGAGACUCCAGAGGCCAGUGAGACUCCGGAGGCUACUACCCCACAGGCCACGGUGGGUGAGAACAACAAUGAGGAACUCACUGUGGACGACCUGCCUCCAAAACUGACCGUCAUUACCCAGAAUUCUCUUGACAACCAGAUGAUGAAGGAGCAGACCAAUACAGAUGGAGUGCAGGCAGUCCUGGAGACUAUGGUAGAAGGAGAAGCUCAGCUGGCUGGAGACCCUAUGGCCUUGAGCGCUCCUGAAGGAGCCCCGGUGGAGAACGGUAUCAUUGGAGGCACCCCUGGAGAGAUAGGAUCAGAAUGAACUUGAGAUGAAACUGAAGAAAUGAAAUGCCUUGACAAGGCAGGCUGUGCUGCAGGCCAUGCUGUUACCAGGUAGAGAAAUGAUGAUGAUGAAACCAUUCCAGUGUGUGUAGAUGAAUUGGAAAUAUGAAGGAGGUCUUCGGAGUUAAACGUGUGUCUUAACGUGUCACAUAUGAUGUUAGCUAUUUGUUGAGCAGUGGUAACGGCUUGUGGUAGAUAAGGUCUUUUCUGUGUGUGAUGCAAAAUAAAGUGUUCUUUCAAGAAUUUAUUGUUCAUGCCAAAAGAGAGAUUAAGAGAUUAUUUAGUGACAGUAUGUAUUGCUUUCUCCUGUAUAGUAUAUACUUAAUACACAGUUUUUCUAAUAUUAUAUGAAAUACUAUUCUGAAUCGAUUUUCUAGAAGGUAAAAAUCUAGUAAAAAUGUUAAGUGUUAUACAUAUUCCGUCUUAAUUCUCUUCACUCUUCCUUGUUAAUUUAUCCUUUCUAUUUAGUUUGAAAUACAAGAAAAAUGAUGAUUAAUGUAUAGAUAUGACUAACAAAACGGUGAAAAGGAAGAUGUUUAUUGUGUCAAAAUGAUUGUGGCAAAAGGAAAGUGCUAACAGUAAUACUUUUGAAGAUUAUGUUAACUUCAACAUUCCUGAAGUAAUGUCUAGUUGUCAACUCCCUGACCGUUGAUUUGUUGAGAAUGGAGAGCAGCUACUUGGUAGACCAGAGAUAGAUUGAUUUAUAUAUAUAUCUUGACUAGUCAUGUACAGAGGUUGUAAUGAAUUGCAGCGCAGCACAGAGAGUUUGGUGAAUUUUGAAUGUCAUGAUUUUGUUUUUAUACUGGAUCCUUUCAUUGCGAGGACUGAAUACACAUAAUUGUACAUAACAACCGCAUUCCUACAUAAGUUGGAAUUUAUGAACAUGCCUGUUCUGUUUAGGGGAAAUAAGAAUAUUGAAUAAUACUGCUGGAAUUCUCCGUCCAUUACUGGUAUUUGUAGCUUGCUUUGUAACAUAAUGUGCAUAAAAUAUUUUGUAUAUUUGUUGGGUUUAGAAAAUUUGAUAUAAAAUCCUUGUUCAAAGCAGUUUAACUAGUUAUUUCAAUGUUCAAGUGAUAAGAGUGCCAUUUAAUGAAAAUUUAAGAGAAAAAGAAGGUCCAAAGAUAUUGUACGUAUUCAUUCAUAAAAGAUAUUUCCGUUUAAUGUUUAUUUGGCCUUGUACGAUAUUUGUGUCAUUUGUAUGUAUUAGAAAAUGGUAUGUACAUGAAGAAAAAAAGAUGUAAAUUUUGGUUAUGCUAGAAUGAUUGUCUUUUGUUUCUGUCACCUUCUGAAGGUAUGCAUGCUGCAAUGUUUUUGUGGUAGUAUUUCCAAAUUUUGAGUUUUCUUUAUUUCAUUAGUUUGCUGUGUAAUAUGUAUAUAGUUUAUAAUCUAUCCAAAAUUUAAUUUUGUAUGAAGAGUGAAUAUGUUUCUGUAGAAAUUGAAUGUAAAGAAUCCAUGGCAAUAAAUGUCUUGAAAUACGUCAUGCACCGGGCAUGCAUUGAUUCAUUGCACCUUGAUACGGUAGGGGGAAUAAUGUUUUUGUGUUUCUUUCUGUCGUAAACUUCUCACUCUUUCCUCAUUUUCAGAUACAAAAAUUAAAAAUGAUGCCUUUAUGCACUGUAUUUCAUGAACUGCCUGUUUAUGUGAUAGCAGCAUUAUUUUUAAAGACCGACAUGAACAUGUCACGAUGAUGUCGCAAGUAAACCGACUUCAUGUUGGGCAACAUAUUCAGUGACUUGAAAGCUUUUUGUAUAUUGACAUACCAGACUUGACUGGCAGUUGUAAAACAGGGUCUUUUCAAGUUUGAAUCUGAGACGCAUAGCAACACAAAGCCAUUUAAAGUUCUUUAGUGGCAAGGAAAUGAAUUGAGAGAUACAAUUUAUAUAGUAAUGUGUAAACCAAUCUCUCAAGAGUCGAGUUGGCCUGUAAGGGGGAGACCUGUGUUUGUAAAACUAGCAUACAUUCAACACUUUUGACUAAAGAUGUAUUCACAGCAUCUAUUUUCCAACAUAGGAAAGUUAAUGUAAACAAACACUGGAUGAUAGCAAAGUUGCAUUUUGUACCUCUAAGCCUCAUUUGUGACUGACCUUUCAAGAAACUUUACUGGAAAAUUUCUAUUUUUGUGGAAGAGAUUACCUAGCAGUACUUUAAGUGGACAAAUACUGUAAAUGGAAAAAAAUCUGACAUGCUUGAUACAGUGUGGUACAGACAGACAGAAGAUAUAUAAUUUUAAUGUAAAUGUGUUGAGAGUAUAUUGCGUUUUGAUGUGCUAUCUAGGAAACAAUAUAUCUUUUUCCACAUUUCCUAUUAAGUGUUUAAACUCUUUACAAUGUUAUAAAGGGAUGCUAGUUUUUGAGAAACUGCAUACCCAGAAAGUUUUCACGAGAAAUAUUCAAAACGAUCGAAGUUUCAUAUAAAACUCGUCUUGGAUUGAUUGAGAUGAAAAUAAUGUUUCUGUGGAGAUUGUUUCUGUGGAGAUUCAUUCUUAAUUGAUGUAAUGUUCUUUCUUUCAUUGUUUUCUAGUGCCUUUCUGAGAUUAAUUCCAUCUGAUUGAUUGAUGUGUUAAGUAAUCGUUGUAGACUUCUAGUUUGGAAAUAAAAAGAAAGAAAAACAUUGCAAAA